AUGGAGAAGCCCGAAUCGACCGCCCACGUCGAGCGAUCCGACUCCAAAGCCAUCGACCUAUCACCAGACCAAACCCGCGGCCAUGCUAUCCAACAGCAGGAACACAAUCGAACAUACCUCCAAACCCUCCGCAAAGACCCAUGGCUUCUCCUUUGGAUUGGUGUCAUGCUUUGGACUUUGAUCGUCCGCGGCUUCGAGAACCAAUCUUCAGGAUCUGUCAUUAGUAUCCCCGUGUUCAAACGGCGAUUCGGAAAACAACUCGAUGACGGUUCAUACUUUAUCGAAACAAGCUGGCAAUCUGCCCUCAGUGGUGGCUCCAAUGGUGCUGCCAUUGUCGGCGCCUGGGCUUCCUCAUACUUUGCUGAUAUCAUCGGCUUCAAGCCUGUCAUUCUGAUUGCUGCAGCUAUCAACAUUGGCUCAGUCGGUGUGGAGUUCGCUUCUACUUCCAUCGAGAUGUUCUUUGCUGGAAAGAUGAUCAACUUCAUCGCCAUUGGAGCCUUCCAGAACCUCUGCACAGCCUAUGUCGCAGAUGUCUCGCCAUUGGCUAUCCGAUCGACCACAAUUGGCUUCUGCAACCUUGCUCAAUGCAUCGGUCCUUUCAUCUCUGCCAUCCUGUCCAACUUCAGCUCUCAAUGGGAGAGCAACUGGUCCUGGCAGUCACUGAUCGUCGCUCAGUGGGGCUUUGCGGGAGUUGCCUUGGUUGGACAGCUCCUGAUGCCAGAGUCUCCCGUGUAUCUUGUGCGCAAGGGCAAGAUGGAAAAGGCUCGCAAGGCGCUUGGACGCAUGUACACAAGCCCUGAGGAUGCUGACGGUCACUUGGAGCGUAUCAAGUUGACCCUGGAAGAGGCAGACUCGAAGAACCUCGGAUCUUUCAUGGACUGCUUCAGAGGUACCAACCUGCGACGAUCUCUUAUCGCCAUCAUGGUGUUCCUUUCUGAGCCCAUGUCCGGCCUUGGCUUUGUGUCCAACUAUGGUGCUCUGAUGUAUCAGUACCUCGGAAUCAGCGAUAAGAAGUCUUUCGAGAUUCAGAUUGGUGCUCAGAUCCUUUCUAUGUCAGGUGCAACCAUCGCGUUCCUUGUUGGAGACUUUUACGGUCGACGACCUAUGUAUAUCGCUGGAUGUAUCGGCCUAUCUUGUCUCCUGAUUUGCAUGGGUAUCUCAGGAUCAGUCAACACCACCGCUGCCGUCACUGCCUCUGUUGGAUUCUACACCAUGUAUAACUUUUUCUACAACGUGGGUGUGGGAUCGACUGUCUACACAAUUGCAGGAGAAAUUCCCACCUCGGUAUUGCGCACCAAGACGCUCGCCAUUUCCAUCUCAAUCUCUUCCGCCGUCAACACCAUGUGGUCAUUCGUCGCCCCUUACAUCUUCAACCCCGGCUAUGGCAAUCUCAAGGCAAAAAUUGGUUUUGUAUAUGGCGCUUUCAUGAUUAUCUUCGCUGUUUUGGCGUUCCUCUUUGUUCCUGAGACCCGCAUGAGGAGUUACGAGGAGCUGGACGAGCUCUUCAUCAACAAAGUUCCUACUCGACAGUUCCGCAAAUAUACUACUGUCGCUGAAAGACGUGCGGAGGAGGCUUAUGCUAUUGAGAACGCUGCCAAGGAGAAGCAGAUUGUCUAG